AUGGCGAACAGAAAGGCAGAAAGGCAGGAGAAAGGGCCGUCCGAGGAUAGCGGAGGGGCGUUGACGAUGUUCGAUAUAUGCGCACUACGUAAUUGCCCGGCCGGAGCAGGGUCCUUCUAUAUCUGGAAGUGGAUUACGGCCCGCUAUUUUAAAGGUGAGCUGCCCGCUCCUCCACACUCCCCUGUCAAUUGUCUCGCACUCGCCUCUCGCGUCUCCGCGCCUUGGCCUUUGAUGCUCUCAUCCAUUGAGAUGAACAUCCCUCUACAAGUGCAACCACAACAUACGCGAUCGGGCAUUUCACCCGCCUGCUCUCCGGCGCACUCUCCAAAGACAUCCCCGCGCCGCUCGUUGACAAUCGACGACAACGAGUACCCAUAUGCAUACGAUUUCCCUCAGUACACCUACGUGCCUUCCCCCGCGUCCUCCGUCUCUCCUCUCCCGUCCACAAACCCCAUCCCUGUCCCGCCUGCAUUCAGCCACAAGUCACCCGCCAGGCACUCCGGCUCACAACAAUCCAACAACACCCAAGGUCAAAGCCACAGCCGAAGCCGGGAUACCAUGGCUACCGCAGCAACUGCAGCUCCCACUCACCCACCCUCAAGCGCUCGCUUCGUGCACUCCAGCUACCCGAGCUUGAAUACUUCCGUUUAUCCGUCUUCAUCCACAACUACACCCAACAGCUCCUCGCCCAAUCGUGCACGCGGCCCCAGCUUUGCGAGCACCACUAGCUACGCGUCUUCAUCGACCGCGUCCUCUUCAUCGAGUGCCGCACCUGCUACCCCACCCCGCGCGAACCAUAUGAACUCACCUACCGUUGUCACCUCGCCGACGCGCACCUUUCGACCUUACUGGGAGCGCGAGCGCGUGGCAGACGAAGAUAGUUGCAGGCUGGAUGAGGCGGCGGAGCACGGUCUCCCUCACGCUGUCGAUGAUGAAGAGGAUAGCUCCGAUGACGAGGUGAUCUACGGCUUCGACGAGCGUCGGAACUCGACUGCGAGCGCGGACUUCACGCGCUACAUUUCUUGCAUCUCACCCUCACCGCUCUCCAACGCGAGCAGGAAGCCGCGCUCCGUACGCCGCUCGCCGUUCGCGGAUGAUAACCCCGCGUCACCGUACACACAUGUGUACCUUGACGAUGACUUGCCACACCCUUACGGUAGUCUAAGCGUGACUGCGAGAGCAGCGUCGCCCGCCGCCGUCGCUUCACGUCGGCUUUCUGGUUCGGGUUCGAUCAAGCGGAGGAGCGUAGGGACGGACUCACCUCGGAGCGUCGCGCGCUCUGUCUCACUCUCCCACUCAAAUUCUUAUAGACGAUCGAGUCCACAUCGUGCUCACUCACCGAUUAUCAACGUUAGCGGCUCGUCAUCGCGUCCGCACUCCCCUUCGCCGAUGGCACCCUCUCUUGUUCUGUACUCUCACUCAUCAUCGAAUUCGCAGAACACCCACUCCCAUGCGAAUUUGAACGAGCCUGUGAACAGUCACUUACAUUCGCAUUCACCUUCGCUCGAUUUACCAGACCAAUCGAUCGAACUCGACUCCUCACCGCUCCGCACUGCGCUGCUCCUCAACCCCGAGCCAGACCUUACAAUCACGCGUACAAGCACGCUCGAGCAGCAGCUCCAACAUCAGGAGGCAGCUGAGCGUCGGCUUUCGGCUGGUGGUGUUGGUCGCACUCACACCAACGGCACCAGCGAUCUCGGGUUGGGUGGUCUUGGAUUAGGUAGUGGUUUCGGAUUGGUGGGAGGGAUUAACGCUGCGCUGCAGAGGAGGAGAGCGGAUUGGAGGGAGUUUAAUGAGGGUGAUGAUGACGAUGCUCCGACAAAUGCAUUUGGGCGCGGUGCGCUCAACUUGCAUCUUGACGCGGAUGAGGAGGUGGAUGUGGGAGGUGUUGAUCUUAGCUCUCCUCGUCCGUCGUUCUCGCACCCGCACCCUUACGGACGCGUUUCUUCGAGUGUUGUACGCUCGCGAGUAGGGGCUGAUGAGGAACGCGAAGAAGUUUCGAAGGAGGAAGAAUGUAGAGAGAAGGAGGGGAACGAAUCAAAUGGUGCUGAAGAGAGGAGAGAAGAAGGUGAUGAGGUGCCGACGUGUUCCGCCUUCCGAUGGAGCGUUCGUGCGAGGUGGGCCGCGUUGAAGUUGAAAGUGCGGUUGAGCGCGUUUAGGGCGAGGAAGAGGGUUGGGUUGGCGUAAAUCGACGUCGAAACGAAAUCGAAAUUUAAAGACGAGGAGAUAAAGGAAAGAAAGGGACGAAGAAGAUAAACGAAAAAUGUGUACCACCAUCGCAAUCACCACUACCACCACCACCAGCAUUCAUACUCAUUGACGCAUACUCAACACAUCUUCUCGCAACGCAAACGCAAUUGGCUUUCAGGCUUACACGCACGAAUUCACGUCUCUUCACGAUCUCUUUUUUCUCUCUCCUUGCAAUUUUCUGGCUUUUCGUACAUGCACUUUUCACUUUUUUUUCUCAUUUUUUUUUUGCAAAUUUUCUUGUCUAUGCAUGCAUCCUUUCGUGUUUUCUUGGUUUCUCGGUUGGACCAUUUCUCACAUUCUCCAUCAUCAUUUGACGCAAUUCACGCACUCUCUCGCCUACACGAUUUACACUUUUUACAUGCGGAUUCUGACGGAUUCUUGCUUUCUUGGAUAGUCUUUGCAUUUCUUGACGCAUUUUGAUUUUCACGCGUUCAACCGUUUCGCGACUUGUACAUGACCUUUUUUACUGAUUCAUUUAUCGUUCCUCUUUUCUUGUUUACUUUUUUUUUUGCUUUUACUGGUCUGACGUCUUUGAUGACGCUUCAGGUUCAUCCCUCAUUCUCACAUUCAUAUUCUCGCUCCCACCCAUUUGACCUGAUUGCAAGUUGCAACCUCACCAAGCCGAGAUUGCUCCAUCUUACUCC